GACAGGAUCUACAGUACAGGAAGCUCCCAGCAUCUGACCCCUGACCGCGCCUCGCUUAACGAAUAUCACGAACUCAAUGCCUCCAACUUCUACAAAUACGGAACAUCUGAUGGGAGUGUUGGUGUUGCUAGAUCUGCUGGCUACCAGACCCCGUUCCUAUCUGCAAACAACGAACGCCUCGAGGUCAAGGUCAAAGCGUUCUACCAGCCGGACCUCGCCUACGGCCUCCUUUCGGCGGACCGCCUGUGCAAGGAAUUCGGAAUAUACGCGAACACAAAGGACCUGACCCUACGCAGGGAGCAGGAUGACAAAGUGGUAGGCCACCUGCAAGCAUGCAAAAACGUGCUUUUCGUGCGUGCGGAGGAUGCAGGGUUGGCCCUCGCUGUGGUGGACCCCCUGCUCCUGCACCGGCGAUACGGUCAUGCAGGAAGGUUGCCUCCGCUGCGAAAAAUCAACAAAUUGAACUCGAACACCGUGAGGACCUCCACUGCGAGGCGUGUUCCCUAG